AUAUUGCCUACUUAUUCGCGAACAAUACGAUAUAGUAUACUGUAUAUAGUAUAUCGAAAAGUCAGCAUAUUACGCCAUCUUUAUGGGAAAUAAAAUUGACCGCGUUGUUUUGAUCAUUUACUAUAGCAAAUACCGAAUGAAACACUUUGAUACUAAUAUCAUACGACCGUUAUUUGCGCUUUCUUCGAAGGGAAGAAAAUAAUAACGCUUUACUGACCAUCCUCACCUCCUUUCUGUACUAAAUCUAAUAAUAUAUCCAUCGGUGUGCACAGUAUCUAACAAGUCGUAUUACCGGCGUUUUUUGUAACUUGUAAUUUCUGCAAUUUUUGUUCCGUACGUUUGUCAAAAUUCGAAGAUACUAAUUUUUCAAAUUUAAAAUUUCUUUGCAACUCCUUGAAUGAUGCUUAAGGAAUCUCCUACCAUCGGUUCUAUCCAGAUGUACCGAGCAAUGUUUCCGAUCGUUUGGAUCGCCCCGUUUCUCGAUAUUCCCUUGUGCAAUAAGUUUGAUGAAAAUCCAAAAGUGCACGCAGCGCAAGUAAAAUAGAAUUUUGAGAAGAUUCAUGCGCGUUAGUGCAGCGUAUGGAAAAAUUGGGUCGAUGUGCGAAAGAUGGCGGCUAAUGCGUGCUGUGUGUAAGAAAGAUUCGUACUUCCGUAAAUUUUCGCCAAAACAUGAGAAAAUAUGGAAAAACUGAUGUACACGUGUACGGCGCUACUAUACGCGAAAGGUUCAUAGUAUGUUUAUGAAUAUUCAGAUUCUAUGUUUCCUGUUCACGUAAGAGACGUUUGUUUACGGGAAAGUUUGUAUAAUACUUCAACGCGAGGUGAAGUGCUGUAAGGGAAAAAAGGGACCCUAACUUAGACGAGACUGGAGAUAAAGUGUUGCCGGACUUCGGCCCGGUGAGAAGAACAGUAGAGAUGCUGAAGCAAUUGCAGAUGGGGAUGAGAGCUUUCCUCUUGAUGGCCUCCCGUGUGUGGACAUGCGUCUGCUUUCUCCUCAAGAAGCAGGUUAGAGCCAUAUCACAAAUGCAACCUGUUAAAUAUGAGAUCUUCCCAUUAUCUCCACUAUCAAGGCAUAGGCUUAUAUAUUGCAGGUAUAGUUAAGAGGAAAGUAUUAGUAUUGGAUUUAGAUGAAACAUUAAUUCAUUCUCAUCACGAUGGAGUAGCAAGGCCCACAGUUAGGCCUGGUACACCUCCAGAUUUUAUUCUUAAAGUGACAAUAGACAGACAUCCAGUUAGAUUUUUUGUUCACAAAAGACCACAUGUAGACUUUUUUUUAGACAUUGUUAGUCAAUGGUAUGAGCUAGUGGUCUUCACUGCUUCCAUGGAAAUCUAUGGAGCAGCUGUUGCAGAUAAGUUAGAUAACAACAGGGGUAUUUUAAGGCGCAGAUAUUAUAGACAACAUUGUACACCAGAAAUGGGUUCCUAUACUAAAGAUCUGUCUGCUAUUUGUUCAGAUCUAGCAUCAGUCUUUAUACUUGAUAAUAGCCCAGGAGCCUACAGAGCUUAUCCACAUAAUGCAAUACCAAUAAAGUCAUGGUUUAGCGACGCGGGAGAUACUGCUCUAUUAAGUUUACUUCCAGUUUUGGAUGCACUACGUUUCACGCAAGACGUGCGGUCCGUUCUUUCAAGAAAUUUACAUUUAGAUCAUACAUGGUAGCAUAGUCUGGAUUAAUUAAUAUAUUAGAUUUAUUAGAGAUUGAACUACAAAAACAGAUUAGCGUGUUUAACCUAGGAUUAUUAUUGUUACUGAUAAUAGACGUUAGGAUGCUGCCUGAAUUAUGAGACAAUGAUCCCUUGACCCUGUCCUCAUUUUCUACGCUCGUUAAACAAAAACGGAACCAUAGCGAGUAAGUUUCAAAAAGGGAGUGGGACCUUCAACCAAACUAUUUAUGUCAGCACAAAAAACAUCGUGGAAUAUUUUCGUUACGUUCAUGUGUGGGCAAUAAUAUAAGUGUAUACGUAUAUACAUAUACACAACACACACAUGUAUAUCAUGAUUUCUUAAAAAUAAUGUAUUUGCCAAAGAUCGUGAUUUCGAAGUAACGUAGAUUUAUAUCUCUCCGAAUAAUUUUGUUCUAAGUAAAACUAUAUUGAACAUUUUAAGUACUUUGCCACACAUGAUAAAGAAAAGUGUUAUAUUUUUUGAACGAAUUAUUUCUGUUAUAUAUAAUAUUAUUAAAUCUAGGGUAUAGUGUAACGAAAAGGAAAAAAAAAAACAGACAAAAGAAAAGAAAAUAUACUAAGUCACUUUAAGCGGACUUGGCUGUAACUCACUGUAUCAGUGAGGCAGCUAUCCUGAUUAUAUCUAAUAAUAAAAGGAAGUAUUAAAAAAUUACAAAGAGGCGAUUUGAUUUCAUCAGAUUUUUGAGAAGAUUAGAAUUAUUUAAAAUACGAUGUACGAUGUUAAUACGUCAGAAACAUAGGCGAAUAAAGUUACAGUAAAAAAAAAAAAGAAAAGGAAAACAAU